AUGAGUAGUGAAGCAGAAUUUGAUGUGUCUCAAUUAGAGCUUCGACUGGAAGAGCUUCAGGCAAUUUGGCAUGCGGCGAAAGAAAAUUUCUCCUAUGUACCUUCAGCCCAACGCCGAUCUUCACUUCGCUCCACGUCCUCAUCACCACCAAAUAUGAAAAGAAGUCAAAGCCAAGAGAUUCACACCACAACGAAUAAUCCACGCGUUCCGCUUAAUGCAACUGUUGGUAACAUUAGACGGAAUUCAAUUCAACCGAGAGCCACUGAUCAACGUGAACCAAACAUGCGCUCAACAAUAGCAGCUGGACGUAGAGACAUUGCGUCCCGUUCAGCAAGCAGAAGCCCUUCAAGAAGUCCACUUCCUAUUUCAUUGAAACGUAUGGGGAGAAGAGAAAAAAAAGACACCAAUAGUGACAGGAGCACCUCUUCGAGAAUUCUUCCUCCACUUGAGUCAAGCAUUUCACGACACCAUCAU